CAACAUUUCCCCACAAACGUCUCGCAAUGCCCUCCAAAUCACGUGGUUUGAGGACCUCGACGGGCUGUCUUGUCUGUCGCAAGCGCAGAGUGAAGUGCGAUGAGACGCAGCCUCGCUGUAAAAACUGUACAAGAGUCGAACGGGACUGCGAGUAUCCGCAAAAGUCGGCGACUCCUCAGCGGCCUCGCGCCCUGAGUGCCCGGACAGUCGAAGAGGCGCCAGUGAUCCCCGGUAAUCUACCUCUUCCAGGUCCCGAUGCGACUCCUCUGAGUCUUCCUGUACCACCCGAUGGUCUGAGCUCGUCUGCGCCAAUUACCACGCAGUCUUGGAUCCCGUUCAGUAUUGAUCCACCGCAGAUUCCAGGCACCGCACUCCCGGACGACAGCUUCUUCUUAGACGACAGCCUAUUCUCAUUCGGUGACACCCUGACCCCUUCAUUUGGCCCCAUUGAGUGGUACGAUCUCUUAGCUCAAGAUGCCAUAGACACCAUGCAAGAUCAGAAUCCCAGCAAUCGCUGGAACUUCGACUAUUCUAGCUUGUCACGUCGACAGACUCCUCGACAGUCUGUAGCUCCGGAUACUGGUCUUGACGAUGGCGAUGGGCCAGCGUCAGUAACGCAGGACCUAAUAUCUGAGCCUUGGAACACUGAUACCCCUAUCGAGCUGAAAGAAGAUGAAUUGAUAUUCUUCGAACACUACAUUAACGUCGUGGCACCCAUCUUAGAUCUUUUUGAUCCACUCAACCACUUUGCGAGCAUGGUCCCGCAUCUUGCUCUGCGCAAUGUUGGUUUGUUGAAAUCAAUCCUGGCCGUUGGGGCUCGGCAUCUCACACUUGGACAAAGCCACACUGACUUCAGCGAAGCCACCCUUCAUGUUCCACCAGAUACACCGACGUCUGUACAUAGUCUCUCACCGAACGCUGCAAAGUUUGCCGAGCAGUACUACUUCGAGACACUACAAUAUCUAUCACAGAACUUACUUUACCAAACGUACACUGGAUCUCAUGAGAUACUGGUCACUGCCAUCAUGAUCUCGACGUACGAGAUGUUCGGGACGGCGGAAAACCCUGACCACUCCGCAUGGGAUCGCCAUCUGAGGGGUGCAUUCUGGAUACAACGCAACUCCAACACGAGCGGUGAAUCGAAUGAUAGCCUCAAACGCGCGGUCUGGUUCUCGUGGUUGCGUCAAGAUAUAUGGGCUGCUUUUCGCACAGGUCGCCCAGCAUUGACUAUACAUCAGCCAACAAAGUCAAUGUCCGAACUGACGACAGAGGAACUCACCACACGCAUCAUCUACAUUACAGCCAAAUGUGUACAAUUUGCAGCGACUCCGAAAGAGCAGAACAUCACAGAAUAUAUCGAAGCCGGUGCAACACUGAUGCGAAUGUUAGACGCAUGGAAAAGGCGUCUCCCCCAGGCCUUCGAGCCGAUACGCAUUACCAACACUUACUCGACUCCAAGGUCGGCUUCCGAUUCCGUGUCACUUACACCAAUAUGGAUCCAUCCACCUGCCCACGCUGCCGCGAUACAAAUGUACCACUUUUCACGCAUCGUCAUGGUUCUUAAUCAGCCCUCAAUAGGAGGCCUGAACGUUCAUCAGACACGCUUCAAAAUGCUACGCGAAAGCACUACCGUGAUUUGCGGAAUCGCUGCUGCGCAACAAUCACAGAACCUACCUAGCGCUUUUGUCAGUUUUCAGGCUGUAUAUGCUGCCGCCUUGUGUGCUGACAGUCAGGAGAAGCAGGCUGAGAUUCUUGAGAUCCUGGAUAGAGUUUUGCAUAUCAGCAAGUUCCCUUCAAGGUCAAUCUUGAGCGACCUUGUAAAGGUCUGGAGUGGAGGUGGCUAGUCAUCGCUGCACAACAAUCAUUUGGCGAGCUCGAAGCGAGUCACUUGCAUACCACCAUGCACGUCGCAACGCACAUCGCAGGCCCAUCGAAUGUCCACCCCCAGAGCAUCCCCAAGCAACACAUGUUCAUAUCUCAAGUAUUUACAAGUUCACGUCUCGAGAUGCGGGGUCAUGCAUCAAAGACGGGGACGGUAGGCUAGCUCUCCGCAUUGCUCGAGACGAGC